CAGAUGCCUGCCCACCAGCUGGAGCUCCUGGAGCUCCAGGUGCCCCGGCGCAGAUGGAGCCCCAGCCGCCCACCUGCUGCCCCUCCCAAUACCACCAGUAACCGCAGGCUACAACAGACUCAGGCCCAAGUUGAGGAGGUGGUGGAUAUCAUGCGGGUGAAUGUGGACAAGGUUUUGGAAAGGGACCAGAAGCUUUCAGAGCUGGAUGACAGAGCGGAUGCUCUCCAAGCUGGAGCCUCCCAGUUUGAAAGCUGCGCAGCCAAGCUAAAAAACAAGUACUGGUGGAAGAACUGCAAGAUGAUGAUCAUGAUGGGUAUCAUUGGAGUUAUUGUGGUUGGAAUCAUAUUCUUGUACUUCUUUCACUGAGCCCAGCCCAUCAGUACAGAUGGAUAUGGACUUGAGGAUGAUAUGAGAGGGGAGAGGGGAAAAAAAAA